AUGGCCCAGGUCCCGCUGCCCCGGAGGCGCCGGGUGGAUUUGGGCCCCGUGCGGAGGAGCGAGAGGCUCCGGCGCUGGGCGAGGCUCCCAGGAGGCAGCGCGCGGGGAAGCCGGGAGUCGCCGGCCACCCCGCCCCUUCCCGAUUCCGCCUCACCAUUGGUCAAGGAGCUGUCAAUCACCGUCAGAGCGGCUGCGGAUUGGCCAGCGUUGGGAGCGGUGCGGCGGGCGGCGGCGGGCAGGGCUUCCUGCGGCCGCCUUUGCGCUGAGCCCGGCAUGGCGGUGAUGGGGGUGCAGGUGGUGGUGAGCCUGCUGGCAGCGAGCGUCAUGCAGAAGAUGGCCCCGCACUACUCCUUCGCGCGCUGGCUGCUCUGCAACGGCAGCCUGCACCGCUACAGGCACCCGUCGGACGAGGAGCUGUGCGCCCUGGCGGGCAAGCAGCGGCCCAGGGCCAAGCGCGACAGGAGGGCGAACGGCGCGGCGGACGACAAGCCGCUCUCGGUGCCCCGGGACAUCGACCUGCGCCUGGACACCAGCCCCAUCACCGCCGUGGACGCGCUUGUGCUGCGCUAUUUCCUGGAGUACCAGUGGUUCGUGGACUUCGCGCUCUACUCCACCGCGGUGUACGUCUUCACCGAAGGCUACUACUGCCUGGCGGAGCCCCCGAAGGAGACGAACAUCGGGGUGCUCUGGUGCCUGCUGACGGUCGUCUUCUCCGUCAAGGUCUUCCUCACGGUGAUGCGCCACUACUUCCGCUCCGAGGAGGGGGGCGAGCGCUCCGUCUGCCUCACCUUCGCCUUCUUCUUCCUCCUCCUCGCCAUGGUGGCCCUGGUCGUCCGCGAGGACUACCUGGAGUUCGGGCUCGAGCCCGGGCUGGCCAGCGUCAGCAGCAGCCUGGAGAGCGCCCUGAAGCCGCUGGGCUGGGACUGGACGCUCCCCCUCGCCAAGCUGGCCUUCAAGCUGGGGCUGGCGGCCCUCUGCUCCUUCCUGGGCGCCUGCCUGACCUUCCCGGGGCUGCGCCUGGCCCAGACGCACCUCGACGCUCUCCGGAUGGCGGCCGACAAGCCCCUGGCGCAGCUCCUGCUCCACGCCAGCUUCCUGGCGCCCGUCGUCGUGGUCGUGAUGUGGAUCAAGCCCAUCGCCCGGGACCUGGUGCUCCACGCACCCGCGGGCAAGCAGGCGGCGCAGAUCACGUCCGACUCUGCCUACAACACCGCGCGGCUCUGGACCGUCGUGGGCCUCUGCCUGCUGCGCCUGGCCGUCACCCGCCGCCACCUCCAGGCCUACCUGGGCCUGGCCGAGCGCUGGGUGGAGCGGAUGCGGCGGGAAGCAGGGCGCAUCCCGGUCCUGGAGAUCCAGCGGCAGGUCGCGAGGAUUUACUGCUACGUGGCCGUGGUCAGCCUGCAGUACCUGGGGCCGGUGGUGCUCACCCUGCACUGCGCGCUGCUCCUCAAAACGCUGGGGAACCACUCGUGGGGGCUGUACCCGGAGCCCGGCCCCGCGGCAGCGCCGGCCCCGCACCGGCCCGCGGCCGGGGAGGACGUGCAGGCUGCCGUGGAGCGCAUCACCGGCGCGCUGGGCGGCAUCUUCACGCCGCUCUUCUUCCGCGGACUCUUCGCCUUCCUCACCUGGUGGGUGGCCGCCUGCCAGGUCGUCACCAGCCUCUUCGGCCUCUACUUCCACCGGUACCUGGCGGCCUCCUGACGUCGGGGCGGCCGGGACGCGUCUCGGGGCGCCGGCGGCGCCGUGUCGGCGUGGCCGGGGACGGCCGGGUGCAGCGGAGCCGGCUC